AUGGAAUCUGUCUCGACGAUAACACAAUCAAACGAGUCUUUCAACAGUAUUAACGUCGAAGACAAUGUGGAACAACAAUUAGGUGAGUGAUGUUUAUAAAAAAACGAUCGGGUUCUCGAAUCUUUCGGCUGGCUGUGAAAUAAUCAAGUACGUAGUUGAUGGUAUUUUAUAUUAUUUUUUUGUAAUUUAUUGUAAAAAAGAUAAACAGAUCGUGAUUUGUAAUUAUCUUAUAUGCUUGUAGUUAUGUUUUGUAUUCAUACGUUUUGUCGGGAGCUUUUCAAUCAAUGUCAAUCUCACGCGUGAUAUUCCAUGUUGGAAUAUUAUUUUUAUCAUUCCCGUAAGAAGGAAAUAUUAAUAAUGAUCAUUUACAAACGAAUCAAGUGUGCACUCGGUCACGGACUGGCAACAAAGUACGAGACUUCAGGGAGGAACAAAUGGAAACCGAUUUGAAACUGUUAAAAUUCUUAACAGACAAUCAGUUGACGUUGACCCAAGUUAAUGGUCAAAGGAAGCUCGGUCCACCGCCAGGUUGGACUGGACCACCUCCUGGCCCGAAAUGCGAGAUUUUCGUCGGCAGUAUACCGCGAAAUUAUUACGAGCCCGACAUUGUUCAUAUAUUCGGUACAGUGGGGACGAUUUACGAGUUACGCUUGAUGAUGGAAUUCUCUGGCACAAACAGGGGCUACUGUUUUAUUAUGUACACCACCGAAGAGGAGGCAGCCCGCGCUGUCAAAGAACUGCAUCAUUACGAAAUUUACCCGGGGAAAAGACUCGGUGUUGUUCCAAGUGCCAAUAAUUGCCGGCUGUGUAUUAAUCGCCUCCCUCGAAAUCUCGAUUCCAAGUCUAUCAUCAAGAGAAUUUACGAGAUGACCGAUGACGUCGAUAAAGUGGCCGUUUAUAGAAACUCUAAUGGCUGCCUCUGCUACGUCUUGGUUUCGUAUAAAACUCAUCGAAGCGCUGCCAUGGCGAGGAAAAUACUGGUGCCUGAAUCGAUGUCGCUUUUUAAAAACUGCGAGGUCAAUAUAGAAUGGGCUAAUGCGAAUAUGACACCUUCUAACGUGUACGAAGAAAGUGGGACGUGCGACGCGGAGGGCAACGUGGAAAUAACGAAAACCUUUAUCGAGCAAAUUAAAGAUAAAAAGGUGGCGGGUGGUCGGAUAAACGAUAAACGAUCGAACGCGAUGAACAAUCAACGAACGCAGAGAUCAACCGAGCCACCGAUUCAGAAAGGUCGGCCGAUAAAAGCCGCGUCGUUCGAUUCUUCGAGAAAGUCAUCUCUCGAUAGUCCAAAUGAUCGGCACACGAUUGAAAAGUGCCAGUCGAGAAGUUCGGUUUGCUCCAAUUGCUUGUUGGUGGAGCGUGCGAGGAAGAAGUGGAAAAGCAAGGCAGAUCUCGCCUUUCAAGCGAACGACGCGAAUGAAAAUCUUAAAUACAGUCUGGAUCACGAAUCGAAAAUGAUCGUUGCUGCAAGUGGUCCGUACCUGUCCCAUCUAUCUAGGGGAAAACGCUCGAGGAACGCAAAGACGUGGAACGGCCUGCUGCAAAGACGUUCGAACGAGACUUUCGGUAGCAUUCAAUAUUUUUCGAGAAACCAGACAAACGUCCAUUGCGAUCUGAUGAACAAUCGCAGAGCAGAAUGCUACUCUUGUCAUCGUCAAGGUAGCAGUUUCAAUUCACCGAGACAAUCUCUGAACGAUUUCCAAUCGGUUAACUGUUGGGACUUGGGCCUCGUGGAAAAUUUCUCUAGAGGCUUGAACAUUACAAACGAGAACGAUGGUAAAAAUUGCGUUAACCAAGAGCAGACUGUCUAUAACAGCGAACACGUUCGCCACUUGUCGAACAAUUCUCUGCAUCCUCACCCCUCGAACGAAACUGACCGCCAACUUGCAAAUUAUCAGUAUAACAGUUGCUGUCAACAUUUCGCGAUCAACGCUGCCGAGCAGAACAACAGAAUGGACUACGUUCAAUAUCCAAAUCAAAGUUUCAUGUACAACUUGCAAAAUGUUCGUGAGUUGCCGGCGUUUCGCGGAUAUUUCCAGCAACAGUUCUCGUCGAACGACGUGAAACCGGCAGCAAUCGGUUCCUUAACUCCCGAAUUCCACCCCACGGAGAAUUAUUAUUAUCGCAAACAACCUAACGCAAGCGUGUCAGCGAUGCCAAACAGAUGUGCAAACGAUCACAAGUAUUUCAACCAUCAUCUGGUGGUUAACAACUCGCUGCAGCGAAAUUACGAUUCUCUCUUGUGUACUACGUUGAACUUUGACGAAAGGUUCGCGUACGAGAAUCGCAUGAAUCCUAUGAACCCGAUGAAAGAUACGACGUUCGCAGAAAAUAAGAUGCAGCUUGAGGAGAAGUUUCGGAAACUUUGA